AUGAAGGUCAUCAUCCCCCUUACCUUCCUCACCGCCGUGAUGGCGCAGUCAGAAUACAGUUACUAUCAAUCGCUAUACGGGUCAAAUUCGGCUGCAUUCUCAAACUGUGUUGUGAGCUUACCAGGAGGCACCUAUCGCACACUUGGAACCGACCAGGGAUGUACCGCCACAGCAACGACCACGGCAGAGUCCUCGGAGGACACAGGUUCAGCUUCAGAGACUGGCUCGGAUUACUCUGCCAGCGCAUCGUCUGAGGAUUCGGGCUCUGACUCUGUGUCGGUCACUGGUUUCGGUUACAGCACAUCCGAGGACAAUGGCGCAUCUGCCACCACUGAGAACGGUGGCGGCGGCGGCAGCGGCGGCUCAGCUACCGAGACUGCCAGCCUCGUCUCCCAGCUCAGCGACGGUCAGAUUCAGGCACCGACUGGUUCGACUACCUACACGGCAACGUCGCCUGCCGAAUCUGCUGGGGAAUCCGCCGGUGCGUCUGCAGGCGAGUCGGCUGGCGCAUCCGCAGGAGAGUCGGCUGCCGCGUCGGCCGGGGAAUCUGCUGGCGCAUCUGCUGGCGCCUCUGCCGGAGCCUCAGCCGGAGCAUCAGCUGGAGAGUCUGCCGGAUACUCUGCCGGACAGUCGGCCGCCGAAACGGCUGGAGAGACAUACGGUGCCACGGCCGGCGGCGAGUCGACGCUCGUCACGGCGACUUCUGCGGCUGCCGGCGGAAACUACAGCGCCAGUGCCGCAACACCCACCGUUGCAGUCUCGACAAAGAGCGCCUAUGGCGCUUCCGCUACGGCAGCCAUCACGGCUGGUGGCGCCGAGACGUACGGCCCAGGAACUAUGCUAAUUUUCGCCGCUGCUGGACUUGCAAUCCUUCUAUAG